AUGUCAAAUAAAGUUGGAAAUAGUAAAAAUAAUAAAAAUAAAUCAAUUAAAUUUGCACCAAAACAUAAAGAUAAAUCAUAUGAUAAUGAGGACUUUAAUGCUGUAAGUAAAAAGUCAUCAAUAUCAGUUAGUGAUUUACCAACUAAAGGUGAAGAGAAACACAGAAUCAUGGCAUUAUCAUUUCCAAUUAAAUUAUCAAUGUGGGAUUUUGGUCAAUGUGAUAGUAAAAAAUGUACUGGUAGAAAAUUAGAAAGAUUAGGUUAUGUUAAAUCAAUUAAUUUAACUCAUAAAUUUAAAGGAAUUGUCUUAACACCAUCAGCAAAACAAUCAAUUUCACCAGCAGAUAGAGAUAUUGUUCAAAAUUUAGGUGUUUCAGUUGUAGAUUGUUCAUGGGCAAAAGUUGAUUCAAUUCCAUUUGGAAAGAUGAAAGGUGGACAUGAUAGAUUAUUACCAUUUUUAAUUGCAGCUAAUCCAGUUAACUAUGGUAAACCAUUUAAAUUAACAUGUGUUGAAGCAGUUGCAGCUUGUUUAUUUAUCACUGGUUUUACAGCAGAAGGUCAUCAAGUUUUAGGUGGUUUUAAAUGGGGUUCAUCAUUUUACAAAGUUAAUAAAGAUCUCUUUGAAAAAUAUAUACUUUGUGCAAAUAGUCAAGAAGUUGUUCAAAUUCAAAAUGAAUUCAUUGCAAAAUGUGAACAAGAUCAAAAAGAUAGAGCUGCAAAUAUUGAAUAUGAUGAAUUUGGUUUACAAUUAAAUCCAAAUAGAAUUUUAAGAACUAAUAAUGAUGAUGAUGAAGAAAAUGGUGAUGAAGAUUAUUGUGAUGAUGAUGAUGAAGAUGAGGAUGAAGAAGAUGAAGAAGAAGAUCAUGAAUGUGAUAGUGAAUGUGAUCAUGAUGAGGAGGAAGAAGAAGAUAAUGAUGAAGAAAAUGAUGAAGAAGAGGAAGAUGGAGAGGAUGAUGAUGAUGACGAAGAAAGUGAAGAAGAAGAAGAGGUUGAUGAAGAAGAAGAAAAAAGACAAUAUAGAUUAAAAAAAGAAUUACAAAAGAAAAAAGCGGAAGAAAAGAAAUUACAAAAACAAAUGGGAAAAUUAAAUUUAAAAUAA